AUGAAAUUCAAGAAACUCACGAAUGCUCAAAGAUCUGGUCUCAAUCAGAUUCCUAACCGUCGAUUCACCCUCUGGUGGUCCCCAACCAUCAACCGUGCCAAUGUCUACGUUGGUUUCCAAGUACAGCUGGAUCUGACUGGUAUCUUCUUGCACGGUAAAAUUCCCACCUUGAAGAUCUCGCUGAUUCAGAUCUUCCGCGCCCAUUUGUGGCAGAAAAUCCACGAAUCAGUGGUCAUGGAUCUGUGUCAAGUGUUGGAUCAGGAACUGGAGCAGCUUGGCAUUGAGGCUGUCCAAAAGGAGACUAUUCACCCGCGUAAGUCUUACAAGAUGAAUAGUUCUUGUGCGGAUAUCCUUCUCUUCGCGACGAACAAAUGGAACUUCACCCGGCCUUCGCUGGUGUUUGACACCAAGGACGUUUACGAAGCGACUCCGAACAACAAAUUCUGGCUGGAUGUUCAGCUUAGAUAUGGUGACUACGAUUCUCACGACAUCGAGCGAUAUGUUCGUGCCAAGUACCUCGACUACACCACUGACAGCAUGAGUAUCUAUCCUUCAGCCAAUGGUUUGAUGAUUGGUAUUGAUCUUGCUUACAACCUCUUCUCGGCCUAUGGACAGUACUUCCCGGGCUUGAAGACCCUGGUUCAGCAAGCUAUGGCCAAGAUCAUGAAGGCAAACCCGGCCUUGUAUGUCUUACGUGAGCGUAUCCGCAAGGGUCUGCAGCUGUAUGCAUCUGAGAGCAACCAGGAGUUCCUCAAUUCUCAGAACUACUCCGAACUCUUCAGUCCGCAGAUCCAGCUGUUCAUUGAUGAUACCAACGUCUACCGUGUUACGAUCCACAAGACCUUUGAGGGUAACUUGACCACCAAACCCAUUAACGGUGCAAUCUUCAUCUUCAACCCCCGUACUGGACAGUUGUUCCUGAAGAUCAUUCACACCAGCGUCUGGGCAGGUCAAAAACGUCUUGGUCAGCUGGCCAAGUGGAAGACAGCCGAAGAAGUUGCUGCUCUUAUCCGAUCUCUUCCCGUGGAAGAGCAGCCGAAGCAGCUCAUCGUCACCCGUAAGGGUCUUCUUGAUCCUCUCGAGGUCCACCUGCUUGACUUCCCCAACAUCUCUAUCCGUGCCUCCGAGCUUCAGUUGCCUUUCCAGGCUGCCAUGAAGGUCGAGAAGCUUGCCGAUAUGAUUCUCCGUGCGACCGAGCCUCAGAUGGUGCUCUUCAACUUGUACGACGAGUGGCUCAAGUCAAUCUCUCCCUACACUGCCUUCUCUCGACUCAUUCUCAUCUUGCGAGCUCUUCACGUCAACAUUGACAAGGCUAAGAUUAUUCUUCGUCCUGACAAGACUGUCAUCACCCAAGAACAUCACAUCUGGCCGUCUCUGUCUGACGAGGACUGGAUUAAGGUCGAAGUGCAAUUGCGUGACCUAAUUUUGAAUGAUUACGGCAAGAAGAACAAUGUCAACGUGCAGAGCUUGACUAGCAGUGAAGUCCGUGAUAUUAUCCUGGGUAUGGAGAUUAGCGCACCUUCUCUGCAGCGCCAGCAAGCGGCCGAGAUUGAGAAGCAGCAAGAUGAGCAGAAGCAACUCACUGCCACUACAACCAAGACUCAAAACGCCCGUGGCGAGGACAUCAUUGUCACCACUACGUCUCAAUACGAACAGCAAUCGUUCGCAUCCAAGACAGAGUGGCGCACUCGCGCAAUCGCGACCUCCAACCUUCGGACUAGGUCCAAUAACAUCUAUGUUUCUUCUGAUGAUAUUCGCGAUGAUGGCUACACCUACAUCAUGCCCAAGAACAUCCUCAAGCGAUUCAUCACCAUCGCCGAUCUACGGGUCCAGGUUACGGGUUACAUCUACGGUAGCUCUCCAGUGGAUAAUGACCAAGUGAAGGAGGUCCGCACUAUUGUCAUGAUUCCUCAAGUUGGUAACACCCGAGAUGUUCAACUGCCGCAUCAGCUGCCGCAGCACGAUUACCUCCAGGGCUUAGAGCCUCUCGGUGUUAUCCACACGGUUUCUGGUAACGAGCCGCCUUACAUGUCUGCGGCAGAUGUAACACAUCACGCACGUCUCAUGAAUGCCCAUCCUUCGUGGGAUAAGAAGACUGUGACCAUGACAGUUUCGUUCACUCCCGGAUCCGUAUCACUUGCUGCAUGGGGUCUCACUCCUUCGGGUUACAAAUGGGGUGCGGAGAACAAGGACACAACCUCGGAUCAGCCCCAAGGCUUUGCCACCAACAUGGGAGAGAAGUGUCAGCUGUUGCUUAGUGACAAGAUCCGCGGCUAUUUCCUUGUCCCCGAGGAUAAUGUGUGGAACUACAGCUUUAUGGGAAGCUCAUUCGGUAGUGUGGAGAAGAGACCCAUCUACGUCAAAAUUGACACCCCGCUUAAGUUCUACGACGACCAACACCGUCCCCUGCACUUCCAGAACUUCGCCGAGUUGGAAGACAUCUGGGUUGACCGGUCCGAUAACUUUGCCUAA